AUGAGUGGUACUUCAAGCAACACAUCGUUCUUCUCCUUCGGCCCGCACGACAGCUUCAUCUCGAAGAGUUUUCAAGGGCUGAAAUCACGAAACCUCUCUCCGGAUCUGCACAAGCUCAUCCUUCGCAAAUCUGCGUUGGACGUCCACUGGGCGGUCUUGGGAACAGUGACCGAUUCCUGGAUUCUCAGCUUCAAAGACUCUUCGGGUAAGGAUGCGCUGAGAUGGGGUUCUGCUACGCCAAAACGUCUGCAAACUAUCCUUGCUAAAACAUGGCAUUCUCACCUUCUCCGUGCGUUUCUCGGCCCGGAGGACUCGUUCAUCGUCUGGCAUCCCGAGUUGAUUCGUUGGGCAAACCUCCCUGCUGCGCUCGAAGAUACCAUUCAGUCAUGGCUUACACCUUCCGGGUGGAGGGUCGGACCGCCGCGGAUGGUAACGUGGGGACCUGAGGGCGCCUUCUUCGCUAUGAGCGAGUACGGGGAGGUAGCAUACGAAUUCGGCGACGGCGACGACGAGUGGGAGAUCUACCGAGAGACGGUGGAAGAAUGGACGGCGGAAAGGGGGUUCUCAUGGAACGACCUGGCGUUCAUGGCCCUCGAUCCUACGUCCUGGGAUCAGUUCGUUGCGAUCCGAAAUGAUGGGACGUGGGCUGGGUCGAUUGACGACGUGAAUGAAGACGCCCUGGAAUCCUUUGCGCUGAACUGCUUUGCAAGAGCGAGACCGAAACAAAAAGAGAAUCCUCAAGCGGACGAGCAAUCGUCGAAUGGGAUUUCCAGUACGAAGCCAGACGCAGCCACCCAAGCGCUAUACGAGCAAUGGUCAGCAGAAACAAGCGCGAAGUUCACGUCCGCACUAAUCGCCAUCGCCAACUCGCAACCCAAGAAACUAUCCCAAUCGUCCCUCCACUCAGUCACGCUCUCCAUCAACCCCGAGCCACCCGCCCCGCCAUCAGCCCAACUCCUAACCGCCUUUCCCUACCUACCCCCCUCGAUCACAACCUGCGCCCUCCCCGCAUGCGUCGUUGUCAAAUCCAACCCAGACGACAUCAAGGCCUGCAAGCACGACGUCGAAUCGCUCCUGAGGGCAAGUGGGCUGUACAGCUAUGAGUGGCUGCGCCAGGAGCGGUUGAGCUGGCACCCUGACCGGUUUGGACGGUUGUGCGAGGAGAGUUGGAGAGAGAUGGGUAGGAAGAUGGCGGAGGAGAUGUUCAAGAUUAUCGAUGCGCUGAUGGAGGAAUUGCGGGGUGCGGAAGGGUAG